GGCCCAGGUGUGUGCAGGAGAGCUUCUCGCCCGCGAGACUCCGGGCGGGAAUCCAGGGCCGCAGAGCCGAGCACUUGCUCGCCACCUGGCCCGGCCCGCUCGCCCGCCUCACCUCUCUGUCCUCCGCUUGGGCUGUACCUUCACCGUAGGGGUGCGGCAUGGGCGGCCCCCACAGGGGUGUACGGUGCCCCCACUGACGGCCCUGGCACGAGACCCCAGCCCGCAGCUUCCUCUACGCGCACCGCCUCGACGGUCAUCCUCGGACCCGCAGGGACUCCCAAACAGCUGCCGCCACCCCGGCCUCCAAACCACGUCCGGACCCCCGACCACCUGGCACCAAAGACCCUCUGGCCGGUGCCCUACAGGAGCCGUCGGUGGACCCAGCGCUCCAGACUCCGAAGUCCCCUGCCCUUAGCGCUCUCGGUGCCAGCUGCAAAGCCCCGGCGUCGGCUCCCGGGGGAUCGCGAUCCGGGCCGGCGCGGCCGUCCGCAGCUGCAAACGACGGGGGGCACGGGGGGACCGCGGCGCCAUGACGGCCGAGAGCGCGCCGCCUCCCCCGCCGCAGCCCGAGUCGCUGGCAGCCGUGAAGGAAGAGCGCGGUGAGGCAGCGGCGGCGGGCGCGGGGGUCCCGGCGGAGGCGGCGGGUCGCGGCGCGGGAGGACGGCGACGCAAGCGCCCCCUGCAGCGGGGGAAGCCGCCCUACAGCUACAUCGCGCUCAUCGCUAUGGCCAUCGCGCACGCGCCCGAGCGCCGCCUGACUUUGGGCGGCAUCUACAAGUUCAUCACCGAGCGCUUCCCGUUCUACCGCGACAACCCCAAGAAGUGGCAGAACAGCAUCCGCCACAACCUCACCCUCAACGACUGCUUCCUCAAGAUCCCGCGCGAGGCGGGCCGCCCGGGCAAGGGCAAUUACUGGGCGCUCGACCCCAACGCCGAGGACAUGUUCGAGAGCGGCAGCUUCCUGCGCCGCCGCAAGCGCUUCAAGCGCUCGGACCUGUCCACCUACCCGGCCUACAUGCACGACGCAGCCGCUGCCGCCGCCGCUGCCGCCGCCGCCAUCUUCCCGGGCGCCGUGCCCGCCGCGAGGCCGGCUUACCCGGGCGCCGUCUAUGCGGGCUACGCGCCACCGCUCGCCGCGCCCCCGCCGGUCUACUACCCCGCCGCGUCGCCGGGGCCCUGUCGGGUCUUCGGCUUGGUUCCCGAGCGGCCGCUCAGCCCCGAUCUGGGCCCCUCGCCGUCAGCGGCCGGCGGCUCGUGCGCCUUUGCGGCUGCGGCGGGCGCGGCGGGCACAGGGAGCUUCCAGCCGGCUGUGUGCACCGGAGCGCGGCCCGUCAACCCCGCUGCCUAUGCCGCCGCCUACGCGGGUCCCGACGGCGCGUACCCGCAAGGGGCGAGCAGUGCGCUCUUCGCCGCUGCUGCGGGCCGCCUGGCCGGACCGGCCUCGCCCCCCGCGGGAGGAGGCAGUGGCGGCGUGGAGGCUACCGUGGACUUCUACGGCCGCACGUCGCCGGGCCAGUUCGGAGCGGCGCUGGGGCCCUGCUACAAUCCCGGUGGGCAACUCGGAGCCGGUGGUGGCGGUGCCUACCACUCCCGCCACGCUACCGCCUACCCCGGCGCGGUGGAUCGGUUCGUGUCUGCCAUGUGAGUCAGGGGUAGGCACGAAACCUCACUGACUCCGGGACGUUCUGAAAGAUGUAAAUCCCCCGGAACCGGAGGACAGGACUAAAAAGUGUAUCGGACUCACGUGCUAGGAUUCCCCGGAGGGCCGCGGAGGCUCGGUGUCUUGCACUGUUCACAGACCCGAUUUGCUUUGGACAUGGGCGGACACGUAGGGAGGGCACAGCCGCGUUUGGCCCGACACAAGGGACCCUCGAUGGUGCGAAGCUCCAAAGAGCAUGCCUUUCUGCCGUUCUACUAGGGAGGGCCCUAGGCUGUAAAGGGUGGAGAGUUGCUGAGCUGUGUACGCCAGAAUCUAGGAUCCUGAACCGUGGUGGAGUCGUCCGACCUCACCGUGUGCUAUGCAGCGCCAAACUCGGGCUUUUUACGUGCUUGCCUCUUGUACUUUUGACUACCCCAAUAAAAGGCUCGGACAGUGUCUUUAUAA